AUGGAAAGAAAGCCCAGUGUCGGCGAUUUACAAAGAAAUAGGGAACUCCACGAGCUAAUUGACCAAAUUGAAGUCCCAGAAGGAAGCUUCAGCGACAUGUCAUCUGAGCUUAUUUCUGGCCGAUCUGCAUACGACCACGACUCAAGUGCUUACAAAGAUAUGCAAACUUCCCCAGAAAGACCUCCAAUUGAAGAUUUCUUCGAGAGUUCUAUGAAUUCCACAAUUAACCAAAACACUGAUAUAGAGCAUCCUAGACACCUUAAUUUUGAUGAGUCUCGGCCUGAAAGCAGCUGUUCUCAGCCUCAGUCUCGAGCCUUCACCCCAAAGCAGAUUUCAAAAAUGAUGAAUUGGAGCAGAGCUCAUAUAACUCAAACUGAAGGUCUCUUUCCUCAGGUUUCAGCGCCUAGCAUGUCAAUUGACCAAGAUCUUGACUUUUGGGACCAGUCGCAAAACGAUUCCUCAAUGCCUCCAGCCUUGGUAAGGCCGCAUUCUUCAAUUGAAAAAAUUGAUAUUGCAAUACCAUCAAGCAGAAGGCCAGGGUCAUCUCAUGGGCUACCUGUGCUGGAUUAUCCUACUCAUGAUGAAAAUGAAGCACUUACAUUUUCACCUGGAAAUCAUGACCAAGGGUGGUUUAUGGGGCCUACAGAUAUCAAUUCAAAAAGGUCGUCAGCUAAUAACAGCUUUAGAGCGAAUAAAAAAGGAAAUUUGGCAAGUGACGCUAUAAGCCAAGGCAGUGCGUUAUUAUCAAAUCAAAUGAAAACCCAUGAUGCGUCUUUAAUACAAGCUAGAGAAAACUCGAUUAUUUAUGACGACAACCAAAAGCUGAAAAAUGAUAUUUCAAAUAUUAAAAUUGCAUUAAAAAAAGAACAAGAAAUGCAUGAAAUCACCCAAAAAGAGCUUUAUGAUAAUGCGGCAUAUGCGAAAAAACUUGAAGCUGAAAGAGGGGAUUUUUUGCAAAAAAUUAGUGACUUAGAAGAGCAUUUGAAAAUGCUUCAGUAUAAGUAUAAAGACCAGUCAAGCUUGGAGCAAAUGCAAGGAAAAUCAUUAGGGUAUGCUAGAGAAGAAAUAAGACAGCUUAAGCUGUAUAUUGAUGAAAAAGAUAAAAAAAUUGAAGAUUUAACACAUGCUCUAUCAGCUACAUAUUAAAUGAUUUGCACUUUGGUCAAAAUUUAAUGGUUUUUUUCCAUAAAAAGAUUUUAACCAAUUUUUUGACCAAAUGCACUUCAAUGAAAUCAUUAUUAUCAAAAAAAUACACGAUUAUUUAAUCUGCACCAGCUCUAUCACAGCGAAGUAUUAUAGAAAGCACGACCCCAAGAGAAAAAGAAAUUGAAGAGCUAACUAUGGAAAUUUCAGGGCUGAAAAUCGUAAAUAAUGCAAAAAUGAAAGAAAUUCAGGCCCAUUUGGAUAAAAUUGAUUUUUUACAAAAAUCAAAAGAGCAGCUUGAAAAUGAAUUUUUAGCUUUUAAGCAGUCAAGUGAAGUAAAAUUAAAUCAAUUUGAUCAGCAGCUUAAAAAAGAAAAAGCAAAAAAUGAAGAAAAAGACAAAGAAAUUUUAAAUCUUAAAGAAGCGUUUAAUGAAGCUAGUAAAAAGCUGAAAAUAUUUAAUGAAGACUCACAAAAAGAAUUUGAUGACCUAAAAAUGGCAAAACUUCAGAUCGAGACCUUAGAAACCCAGCUUAAUGACGUCCAGGCUGGCAGGACUACAAAUGCUGACUAUGAAACUCAUUUAAAUAAAAUAAAAGACCAAUAUGAAAAAAAAAUAUUAAAAUCUCAAGACGAAAACAAUAUUUUGAAAAAAAGAAUUAGCAGCUAUGAAGAAGAAAUCUCACAGUUAAAAUGGCAAAUUAACUCAAAAAAUAAGCCAGAAACUGCAAUAGACGAUUUAGAAGAAAAAGAAACAAUCGCAAUUAUGGAAGCAGAAAUUCACAACAUGCACCAAGAAAUAAUUGAUUUAACUGCAAAAAUUGAAGAAUAUAAAAAUAAUGAUAGGAAUUCUAAUGAGAUUAUACACGAUUUAAAUGAUAAAAUUGAAGAAUUAGCUCAAGAGCUUGAAGAAGAAAAAAGUAAAAAGAAAAGCGAUAUAAGAAUUAUUGAAAAUAAUCAAUUAGAACAAAAUAAAACCAUAAGAAGGCUUGAAAGUGAAUUACAGCUAUCAAAAGAGCUAGCAAGCCAGUAUCAAGAAGAAAUGGAAAAUUUAAGGCAUGCAAAUAAUCAGGCACAAAAUCUUAUUGAUAAUUAUAAGCGGCAAAUUGAAGAACAAAGAGGACAUCUUCAUCGAGACUCAUUGAAAAAAAUAGAGCUUGAAAAAGAUGAGCCUAACCAAGAAGCCCAAAAGUUAAAAUCUUCUCUACAAUCUUUGCAAGCUAAAUAUAAAGCAGAAACUGAAGAUUUGCUACAAACUCUAAAAGAGCGUGAUGAAAGAAUUGAGGAGCUUGAAAACGAAAUUUCUUCAUAUCCAGACCCUGAAAAUCUUGAAAAAGAUAUUAGAGAAGAAUAUGAAAAGAAAAUUGCGAUUUUUGAGAAAAAAAUUUCUGAGUCUGAAAAAGAAAAUAAAACAAAAAUCAGGAUUAUUGAAGAAAAAUACGAAAAAAAUUUGGAAUUAAAAUUAGAUGAAUGCGAAAAACUUUUUAAAGAAAAAAUUGAAGAAAUAAGGACUUACUUACUUACUCCCCCCCCUCGAAGUUCGACCAAGAUUUUUUUUUGGUCGAACUUCGAGGGGGGUUAAGAAAAUUUUUUUUUAAAAAAAAUUUAUAUAGAAUUUUUUUUAUAUAAUUUAUUAGUUAAAAAAAAAAUAUUUAUCAUAUUCUUUCUGUAUGGUUGAGAGGGUGUAAGGGUUAGAAAAAAUAGUGCAAGAUGGUUUUGUAACGCUUUUUUAGAACUUGAAUUCAAAAAUCGCAAGCUCACCCCCACAUAGUUUAAAAUUUUUGAAAAAUUGCUUAUUUUCCUAGUAAAUUUAUAUAGGUCUUGGUCGAACUUUGAGGGGGUUAAUUUUUCCAAAAAAAUAGGAAUUUCCCUAUAUCUUGGUCGAACUUCGAGGGGGGGAGUUAGUUACUUAGGUAUUUAAGGUGUCUUGAUUUCUUCAGCAGGAUGAGAUAGGCAUGCUUAAGCCCAUCCUUUUAACUCCCGACUGGUGACGUCACCAAGCAAUCUUGGACCGGUUAGCCCUACCAAGCCAUUCUAUAAAGUUCCGCCCUCAGCUGGGCCAGAAAUCCCGCACCGGCAGCGUUGCCUCGCCCGAACUUGACUCCUGCGCGUGUUCCGCCUAAGGGUCAACCUCUUCGGGUGUGUCAAGCAGAAAACCCAGAUGUCCUUAGCAUCCUGGACCAAUUGAAUACCCUAUGCGGUAUUCCAUAUUGGUGUUGCGGAUAAAAGGCCACGUGGAAAACUGAACCCUAUAAUAAUAAAAGCGAGGGAAGCAAUAGUUCUCGGAGAGAAAUAAUUCCGCACUGAGCCAUUUUAUUAUUAUGAAGAAAUAAGGACAAAAUACGAAAAAGAGAGGUCAAAUUUAAUUGAUAGGUUUGAGCAUGAAAAAAGUGAUUUAGAAGAUGAAAUCAAAAGGCUGAAAAAUGAAAUAAAAAUUCGCUCAGAAAAAAUAAUGCAGCAUGAAAAAACCCAAGAAGAACUAUUAUCAAUUGAUGACACAUUGUCGUCAAGACUUGAAGAAAUGGAAAUUGAGUACAAAGAAAAAAUUCAAGAAUUUAAGUCAAAAUUAUCAAAAGAUUUCACAGAAAAAGAGCAAAAAAUCAAUAUGGAGUGCGAAGAAAAUAUCAGAAAAAUAAAAGAAGAUUGCGAUAAACAGAUCCAAAUUGAAAGAGAAAGACAUCAAGAUUUAAUGAAUAUAAAAGAACAGUCUUUAUUGCUUGACACUCAAAGAAGCCAAGACGAGCUUCUUGUGAUUCUUCAAGAAAAAGAAAAAGAGUGGCAAGAAUUGCUAAAAAAAGAAAAAAAUCAGCUUGAAAAAGAAUUGCUGCUAAAAGAACAAAAAAUCGAAUCUCUAAAAGAAGCUCAUGAAAUAGAACAAAAACGAAUAAAAGAAGAAAUUAAGCAGGAUUAUAAAGAAAAGCUAAACAACGCUAAACAAGAACACCUUAAGCAGAAAAGAGAAUGGGAAAGAGAACAGCGAAAGCUCAAAGAAGCAGCUGAAAAUUCUCUUGAAGCCGCCAAAAAAGAAGUCGAAGUUUCUGAAUUAGAAAAACUUAACCAUGAGCGCAAAGAAUGGGAACGCAAAACCAAACAAAAAAUCAGUCUCAUGCAGUCAAAGCACCAAAAAGAGCUUCAGGACAAAGAAGAAUCCCUCAAAUUAGAAGCUGAAAAAGAAAAAAACGAAGCUAUAAAAUCCAUUACUGAGCAGCUCAAAAAAACUUUUAAACAAAGAGAAGAAGAAACCAAAAAAUUUUUCGAAGAAGUCAAAGAAGCCGCUUUAAUUGAAAAAUCACACGAAAUUGAAAUUAAAAUAAGAAAAGAGCUUCAAGAAAAUUAUAUAAAUGCAGUAAAACAGCUCGAAGAGCAAUAUGCAAAAGAAAAAGAAACCUUAACUCCCCCCCCAUCCUUGAUCGAACGAUUGACUGUAAAAUUCCUAAAAAUUGGGAAAAUUAACCCCCAUCCUUGAUCGAACGAUUUUCAUAUCAUGCAAAUUUUUAUAUAUAUAAAAAUAUAUUAGUUAUCAAAAGCUUGGGAAGAUGCAUAUAAUGAAGUUGUUUUCAGAGACUUUGAGACGACAGAAAGCUGCGGAAUCAACCAUCCGAAGUGAUUUAGUCAUCAGCCUAGGCUAAAAACUCAAUAAUCUAAUAAAAUAGAGAUUCUUUAAAAUUUGUAAAAAAAAAUUUAAUUCAAUAAAAAAACACAUUAAAAUUUAUACAGUUUAAAGGGGUAACUAAUAAAUCAAAAUAUUAAAAAUUGGUAUUUUAUGAAAUUAAUUCAAUUUUUUGCUGUAAAAAUAAUUAUUAAAUACUCUUAACCCUCCUAUUUAAAAGUAAAUAAAAAAAAUAUAUAUAUAAAUUUUUUUUCCUAAAACAAUUUUUUAACUCCCAUCCUUGAUCGAACGAUGGCGAGCCGUUCGAUUAAGGAUGGGUGGGGGGGAGUAAGAGAAGAGCUGCAUAAAAGAUCAGAAGAUUUCAGAAAACAAAGCUGCUUAACUUCUUUUGACAGCUCUUAUUAUAGUGAUAUGCCGUUUUCUUCAGGCAGAAAAAGAUGGGGAGGGGAUGAAGAAAACGAAGGAUUUUCAGGCAAGAAAAAUGAGCUGGAAGAAGUUUAUAAAUAUUUAGAAGCUGAAGUAGAAAAUUAUAUUAAUUUCCAGAUGUGGCUUAAAACACCUAAUAGAAAUAUGAAGAAAAAGUUUUCAGAAUUUACCGAGCUUUUGUCAGUUUUUGUGAAUAGUUUACAAAUGAUGUGGGAAAGCCAGCAUAAAGCCGAGCUUGAAGAGAUGAAGCAAGAAAUUAAUAAAAAGAUGGAAAUCCAAUUGGCAGUAAAAAAGAGACAAAGCUCUUCUCUUACUGAAAAUGAAGGACAGAAUAUUAUUAAAUAUAGUGAAGAAAUAGCGAAAUUAAGAGUAGCUUUAGAAGAAUAUAAAGAAAGGCAAAGAAGGUAUGAGGAAGAGCUAAAAAAUACAGCGAUGAUCAAAGAGAAACAAAGAAAAUAUGAAGACGAGCUUAAAAAUCUCUCCCAGGAAUAUAAAAACCAUAUGCUAAAAACAAAAAAAUGGAUAGAAAAUGCGACUAAUGAAAAAACUGCUUGGAAUGAAGAAAGAUCAAGGCUUAGUCAAGCAAUUGAAGAAUUAACAGUAAAACUAAAAGAUUCAGAAGAAAAUCAGCCAAUUUCACCUGAAAUGCUAAGUCCUGAAGAAACCUGCAAUUUAGUUUUAAGUAUAUUUAACAGGAGUAAUAAAGAUUCCCUUAUUACCCAAAUGCUGCAGAAGAAUAGCGAUUUUAUUUUUAUUCUUCAAGAAUUUAUUGACCAUAACACUGUAAGAAGACGAAAUCUCUCAUAUCAAGAAAACCUGACCUAUGAUUUACCGACGCAGAACCAUAAGCUAGCAUACCCUCCAAAUGCCCAUCAUUCAGAAAUUCUUGAUACUUAUAUUUCUAGCACUCCAAGAGGUUUUACUAAUCAAUCAAAGGUUGAUACAAGCUUGCCUCCUUAUUUGCCACAUCAUAGAAGUAGCCCAUGGCUUAUAAAAUCAUAA